CUUACACUCAACCUUCAACCACCAACUUUUGCCAAAAAACCCACAAUGAGACUCGCAACCAUUACCUCUACUCUCCUCGGCAUGCAAGCGAGCAUUGCCGCCGCCGCAAUCGCGAAAGGCAACAUCAUCCAGAACUCAGUUAUCUACCACUCGGCAUGGAUCGAAGGCGACAACCAGUGCAGCGACCACGUCAACAUCGCCAAAUCACACGAAUGGCUCUGCGACAAGAAGUUCACGCUCCGCAAUGGGUAUACCUACAUGUUCAAGGGCUGCGGCACCAACGACUUCGCUGUUUACAAUGGCGACGGCUCCUACAACCACCACUGCGCCUGGGACCCGCAGAACCUCGGAUGCGCUACUACGAAGGAAUGGGUCUGCUAGGAGUAGUGAAGCUUACAGCAGCUAGCAGGCGGGAGCAGGUGGGUGUUUUGGACCGGUGGAUCAGAAAACGCAACGAUUGAUUGUGUAAAAGCAUGCUGAACGGAACCGGGAACAUGUUUUCUAGUCUACAGCCAAUCAAUUUAUUGC